AUGCCUAUCGUUCAUUGGCACAAAUUGACGAAAGAGUCUCGGUCUGACUCUGAUCAUGCAUCCUCAGACGGUGAGGUGGUCGAGACAGCCGGUAAUGAGGGAGGCUCACCUUCGAGAAGGGAACAUCCAAGGCAGGAUCCGGAGAAUACUUGUGAACAAACAAUGGUCAUGAGUGUUCCGAUGAAGCGGAAGUCUUAUCCGGCAGCCAGUAUUGGAGAAUGUGGAUAUGAUGCCGAAGACGAGAGUGUUCCGGUCGCGAGUUGCUCCAAGUCUAGUAGAGGUAAACGGUUAUCACCCUCCAAACGGCAACAAGCACUGGAGAAUAAUGAGUGGAUACUCACCGUGGAGAAACACCGUGUGCAUUGUUGGGCCUGUAAAGAAUGGGUCAAACUUAAUGUAAAGAGGGAAUAUGACAGGAAUAAUUGGAAUGCUCACAAACUGAAGUGA